AUGGACACCAAUACAAUUCAAAGUCUUUACAUCCCUGAUCCUGAAGAAAGUAUCUUUAAUGAAUCUAUCUUUAGAAAUUGUCUACAAGAAUGUCCGUAAACCUAAUUUACCUGCUACGGCCGAUAUUGCAUACUGUGAAAUUAGAAUUGCUGAGCUCAUGGCUGAAGUUGAAGCUUAAAAGGAGCAUUCUUUCAAAAUCCAGUAAUAAUUAGAUCUCUAUGUUACAUACGAAUAAUCAGUAUAUAUCCAUUUUUCAUUUAAGCUCAUAUAAUAUGAAUCUAAAAACUCAAUAUUGUAAGAAGAAAACAAACAAUUAAGUUAAUUGCUUUAAGUAAAAUCAAGGGAUUUAGAACAAGCUUAAUUAAAAAUCUUAGAAUUGGAAUAAUAAAUAGAUGUGUUAAGGGAAGUGGACCAAGAAUUACAAAGAAAUAUCUAGCUAUUACUCUUCAAAGAUAGAGAGAUACAAGAAGUAAAACUUAAUUCAAUAAAUAUAGUUGAAUAACAAAUACAAUUCAUUAGAAUAGUUCUUAUAAUAAAAUAAGAAUUGGGAGUUAAUUAACUAAGACUUAAGGAAUUAAAUAAUCAAUUGGAAACAUGAUGUUGAACUUUGGAAAGAUAGAUUCACAAAAUCUGAAAAUGAGAGAAAACGACUAUUAGAAUUACGAGAAGAAGGAUUAAAGAAAUAUGAUUUAAUAGAGAAUAUAGACACUUAACCACAUUCUCCAUAAGUUGAAUUGAAUGAAUAAUAGACAGAAAAGUAAAAGAUAGAGAAGAGUCCUGAAAAUCAUUCUUAAUUACUUUAAUAAACAUAAGUUAAUUUAUUUGAAAAGGAACAUUAAAAUAAUUUAUUAAACAAUGAAUUAAAUGGUUUGAGAUAAUAAUAAUUGGAAUUUUAGAAACGAUUAAGUGAAUUGACAAAUUAAAUAGGAAAAUUAGAUGAGAAAGAUAAAGAAAUAGCUAGAUUAAAUGGAUUAUUAUAAGAGAAACCAAAGAUAUAAAUUGUAAGAGAGGAGAAGAUUGUAACAUUAGAAAACACAUAAUUAGAUGAAGAGAAAAUAAGACUUUAAGGUUUAUUGGAUGAAUCAAAUAUUCGUUUAGAAAACUCUUUUAAUGAUAUUGAAUAAUUGAAUAGUAGAAUACAAACUUUAGAGGAUGUGAAUUAAAAAGUAUUAAAUUAUUAUAUAAUAAUAGUUACAAAGAGAUAAUAGGUAAAUUUAAAGAUUAUAGGAACAAAUAGAUUUAUUAAUUAUUGAUAAAUAGAACUUAUAGGCUUCAAUUGUAUAAAAAGAUAAAGUUUUAAAUGAAACUCUUGCUCUAUUAAGAUAAAAAACAAUUUAAAUUUAAGAGUAUUAUGCAGUUGAAUAGGAAUUAAAUAUUGCAAAUGAAAAAAUAAAUUCAUUACUUAAAGAUUUAGAAGAUUAUAGAAGAUAAUUAGGAGAAUUAGAAUAAUUAGCAUAAUAAGUUAAAAAGUAAGAGCAUAUUUGUUAAGAGAAAGAUAAAGUAGUUAAGGAAUAACUCUUACAAAUAUAAUAAUUAAAAUAAAAUAGAAAUGAAUUAUAAAAUGAAUUAAAUGAUAGUAAGAUUAGAAUUAAUUUAUUAACAAAAUAUGAAUCAAGAGUGAAAUCAUAAUAAAAUACAAUAUAAUCACUUAGAUAAGAACUUUAAGAUACAUUAGCUGGAUCUGAAUAAUGGAGAGAAAAAUAUAAUUAAAAUUGUUCUGAAAUUAGUAGAUUAUAGAGAUUGUUAGAUGUUUCAUAAUAAAGAAUUAUUAAACUAUAAGAAGAAUUGAAAAAUUUCAAUAAUAACUUUGAAUUGGGAUAAAUAAAGAUUGAAGGAGUACCUAUAAUUAAGAGAAUUGAAAAAGUUACAAUUUAAGACAAUAAUUAGAUUGAAAAAUUAUAAAAUUAAUUAAUAUCUUCAGAAUUAACAAAUGAAUCAUUAAUUAGAAAUAGAUAGUCUGAAAUAUAAAGUACUUAAAGAGAGUUAGAUGCCUUAAAUUAACUAUUAUAAUAGAAACGAUAAGAAUCUGAAUUAUGGAAAAACAAAUAUUUAACAUCAGAAUAAUAAAAUACAUAAUUGUAGAAUAUUAAUGAUAAGUAUAAAUAAUUAGUACUGAGAUGUGAAGGAUAAAAAGCAACAAUAUAAUAAUUAGAAUCAAAAUGUUUAGAAUAAGGAUAAGAAAUUGAAUAAUAAAGAUCCAAGAUAUUUUCUUUGAGUAUUGAAGUUCAUCAAAUUGAUGGUUAUAAGAUUGAAAAAGAAUAAUAAAAGGAGAAGGCUCUUCAAUUAUAUUAGGAAUUGAUUCUUUCAUAAUCAAGAGUAGCUAGAUUAAUUGGAACUAUUAAUGAAUUAUAAAGAUAAUAAAAUAUUAAGUCAUAAAAUCAAUAAGGAAAAUUAGUAUAAUAAAAAUCAGAUACUGUAGAAAAGAUGAGAUAGAAGAUUGUUGAACUUGAAAUGGAAAUAGAUGAUACUAAAGAUGAUUAGAUUAGUGAAUUAGAAUAAAGAAUAUAGAUUUUAGAAUCUGAAUUAAAAAAAUAAUUGGAUAUUAAUGGAUAAUUAGUUAAGGAUCUUUAAAAUGUGGAUAGAAAGAAAUAAGAUAUUCUUAGUGAGUUGCAAUCUCUUUAGACAAGUGAAUCAGAUACAAAUUAAUUAAGAAUAGCUUUUAAUAAGAAGAUUAAGGAAUGUGAAUAAUUAAAGACAGAUUUAGAUAAAAUUCAAAUUGUUAUAUAGUCUUAUGAAUAAUAGAUAGAAAAAUCAAGAGAAUUGGAUGCUAAUUAGAAGAAUGAAUUAUAAAGAUUGAAGAUAUUUAAUAAUAAUUUAAACAAGUAAAUUGCAUCUUUAUUAUUGCAUUUGAAUUCUUUAGAAUUAACUAUAAAUACAUAAAGACAUAAAUUAGAUGCAUAUCCUGAAUUUGAGGAAAGAAUUAAUGAUUAAAUAGCUAAAAUAAAUUCAUUAGAAAAAUAGAAUGAUGAAUUAAAAUUAUAAAAUGAUAUUCUUAAUGCUUAAAUAACUUAAUUAGAAUAGAAUAUAAUUAAAUUGUAACCAUUAGAAUAAUAAGUAACACUACUUAAAGAAAUUAUAAAUAAUGAUAAUAGAGAUAUUGGUUUAUGGUAAACAAGAUUUUAAGAUUUGGAAAAUGAAAGAGCAUAAUAAAAUGAAGAUUAUAGAAAGAAAAUAGAUUAAUAUAAAAUAGAAUUAAAGGAUUAAUAAAAUUUAGAAAUGAUUAUUAAACAAUAAUAAAAUGAUAUUGAAGAUCUUUCAUAAAAUAAUUAAAAGUUAGUAUCAAAUAUAAGGGAAUUAUAAACAUAAUAAGAUAAAUUAUUAAGAGAUUUAGAUAAUAAAGAUAUUGAAAUAAAGAGAUUAUAAUAAAUAGAAUAAGAAUUCAGAAAGUUAUAAGAUUUAUUCAAUUAAGAAAUUGAGAAAUAUUAAGAUUUAAGUGAUAAAUAUUAAUAAUUGUAAAAUCAGUAUGAUUAAACAAGAAGAGAGUAAGAGAAAUUAGAAAAUAAAUGUGCAAUGAUGUCUAGUGAAAUUGAAAGAUUAAAAGUAAUGUUAAAAAAUAAGAAUUAAGAAUUAGAAUUAAAUAGAUAAUAAAUUCAUUAAACUGAAUAAUUAAUUGAUUAAUUAUAACCAUUAACAGUCGAAAAUAAACGAUUGUUUGAAUAGAUAUAAAAAUAGAUUUAAUAAAUAGAAGAAUUAAAAUAAUAAAUAAUGUUAUUAUAAAGAUAAUUAGAUGAUAAGAAAAAACAAUUAGAAUAAUAAUAAAUUAAUGAGGAAUAAUAAUAAGAAGAAAUUAAUAGAUUAUUAAAUGUAUUAAGAAGUAAAGAAGAUGACAUUCAUUAAUUUAGAUAAGUUACAAAGUAAUAUGAAAUUCAAUUAAAGGAUAAUAAGAAAGAGGAUGAUUAAUGGAAUGAUUUGUAAAAUGAAUUAAAUAAAUUAACAUAACAUGUUAAUUAUUUGAAUGAAAUUAUUGGUUAGAAAAAUAUAGAAUUAGAGAACAUGUAAAAACAAAAUACUUAAUAUUAAUUACAAUUAUUAGAAAAUGAAAAAUUAGAUUAUAAGAUAUUAGAAAAGACAGUUGAAGCAAGAGAAAAAGAAGUUGAAGAUUGGAGAAGAAGAUUUUAAAAAUUGACUUAAGAUUAAGAAAAAUUGUAUAAUGAAAAAUUAGAAUCAAAUAAUAAAUUAGCUGGUUAAGAAUUGGAAAUAGAAAGAUGGAAGAGAAAAGUUACAUCAAAUGAAAGUGAAUUGAAUUUACUUAGAAAUAUUAUCAGUUAAUUAAAUGUUGAAAUAGAACGUUUAAGUAAGAGUAGUGAAGAUCUAUUACAAGUAAUAAUUAUACUAUUUCUAGGAUAAUGAAGGUUGGAGAGAAAAGUAUUCAAAGCUAUAGUAAUAGAUUCCAUCCAUGUUAGAGUUGAUACCACCAAUUACUCCUGGAAACAGUUUUAGAAUAUCAGAUAAACCAUAAUAAUGAGU